AUGGCUGAAGAAACCAAAAAAUCUGUUGUUGAGGCCUCUUGUGCAACUGAUGAGGUUGUGAAAUCUGAUGUUCCUGUGGCGGAGAAAGAGGUGGUGCCACAGCCGGAGCUGGUGGUGCCGGAGGCGGAGAAGGUUGAAAAGCCGGUGGAAGAAGUGGUGGAAGGUGAGAAAGAUGAAGCUGUUGAUGAGAACAAGAUAACUGAAUCUGUUUCAUUCAAGGAGGAAAGCAAUAAGGUUGAUGAUCUUAUUGACCCACAAAAGAAGGCCUUGGAUGAAUUCAAGAAGUUGAUUCAAGAGGCAAUUAUCAAGUAUGAAUUCACCACUCCACCAACUCCACCACCAGCCCCGGCCAAGGAGGAAGAGAAGAAGAAACCGGAGGAAGAAUCCAAACCUGAAGAGAAGAAAGAAGAAGAAUCAAAACCGGAAGAGAAAAAGGAAGGAGAGCCAAAACCAGAAGCAUGCGAGGCUCCUGUUGAAGCUCCAAUCCCACCUGCCGCAGAGCCGGUGAAAGAAGAGCCGGUUGAGACAAAGCCAGAAGAGAAACCAUCUGUACCAGUGGUUGCUGUUGAGAAAGUUGAAGCAGCUUUGGAAGAAAUCAAAGAAACUAUAGUUCACGAAGAUACCGGAGUGGUCCCACAACAGCCGCCGACCGAGGAGUGCCCUCCAGCCCCCAAGGAGGAAGAUAAGCCAACGGAGGAGAUGCCAGCUGAGGAAACCGCACCACCACCACCACCACCAGAGGUGGUCGAACUCUGGGGAUAUCCACUAUUAGCAAAUGAAAAGAGCGACGUAAUUCUCCUCAAGUUCUUAAGAGCUAGGGACUUCAAAGUUAAAGAAGCCUUGGCCAUGCUCAAAAGUGUUGUAGCCUGGAGAAAGAAGUUCAAAAUCGAUGAAUUACUAGAAGAGGAAGGUAUCGGUGAGGGGCUCGAAAGGGUAGCCUACAUUCAUGGGAUGGAUAAAGAAGGACACCCUGUUUGUUACAAUGCUUUUGGAGAGUUCCAGGACAAGGAAUUGUACAACAAAACUUUGUCGGAUGCUGAAAAGAGAUCCAAAUUUUUGAGAUGGUAUAUUCAGUUUCUCGAAAAGAAUAUAAGGAAACUUGAUUUCAGUCCUGAUGGUACAUGCACUAUUGUUCAAAUCACUGAUCUCAAGAGUUCGCCUGGACUCUUCUUAUUCAAGACGGAACUUCGCCAAGCCACCAAUCAGGCCUUGCAAUUGCUCCAGGACAAUUAUCCCGAAUUUGUAGCCAAACAGGUGUUCAUCAAUGUUCCGUGGUGGUAUGUGGCCUACAAUAGGAUGAUCAGUCCAUUCUUGACCCAACGAACCAAGAGCAAGUUUGUGUUUGCUAGCCCAGCCAAGACUGCUGAGACCCUCUUCAAAUACAUAGCACCCGAGCAAGUACCGGUUCAAUAUGGUGGCCUGAGUAAAGAGGGUGAAACAGAAUUCACAAAUGCUGAUCCUGCGACUGAGGAAACUAUUAAGCCGACUUCUAAGCACACAAUUGAAUGGCCAAUCACCGAGGCUUGCACAUUGGAGUGGGAAGUAAGAGUACUAGGCUGGGAUGUGUACUAUGGAGCAGAGUUUAUUCCCAGCACCGAGGGCGGGUACACUAAGAUUGUGCAAAAGUCCAGGAAGAUUGGACCGGCCGAUGAACAUGUAAUUAGCUGCAGCUUCAAAAUUGGUGAAGUCGGGAAGGUUGUGCUGACAUUUGAUAACCAAACUUCUAAAAAGAAGAAGCUUUUUUACAGGUCCAAGACCAAGCACUCCGAUUAA